UCUUGAACCUCCCGUUGAAGGCGUGGUGGACGAAACGUUGGCUUAUGUGUAAGCUGCGGAAUAGUUCGCCCACUCCGAUGGCUGCUUCAGCGGUGAAUAACCCAGACCCAUACUGGUCCACUCUAACGUGCGUUAACAGCGUCUGGUGGCCGUGGCGUCGCGCCGCUCCGUAGGUCCAGAUUUCUUUCUCCCACCCCAAGAAACUGCAGCUCCACUUUGACCUGACCUUGUGGAUCCCACCCUCCAGGUCCUCAUCUCAUGCUAGCCCUUCCUCCCGCUCUGGCACAGCCAUGAGCAGCGGAAGCUUGGAUGGCUCCCCUCACCUCAUCCCCAUGGACCCCAGCGAGGAGAUUGUGCUUUGGCUCUCCAGCCUCCACUUGCCUCAGUAUGCUGCCAGCUUCACACAGGCAGGCUACCACACCCUGGGCGAUUGCAGGGGUCUGACGGAGGAGAAGCUCCUGGAGGUGGCCCGCUUCCCCACAGGGCACCGGCGCAGGAUCUUGCACAGCCUGGAGGUCCUCGUGGCAGGAACAGAUGGUGGGGAAGUGCCUGAGCAGGCUGGGGAGAGCAACAAGCCCACCCCCUUACCCAGGAGCGUCUUCCUUAAAGAUGGGAAGAGAGUCGUCUCCCCUCAGGUUCCCCAGAUGAGCGGCCCAAGAGAACACGAAAAUUGGGCUGGAGCAAAGAGCCUUCCCAGCAGGCCUCAUGGAGAGACGAAGGCCAGAGAUGACUUGGGAGGACCGCUUGCUGACUUGCCUCCAAGUAGCCUACAAAAAGCUCCCUCGGCUUCGGUUCCUGCCUCUUUACACAGCAGCAGCCAAUCACCGUGGUAUUCCUCCUGGGCGUUACCCUCAGACAUUGAGAACCUCUCGGGGGAGCCUGAUUCUUUCUCCACAGAGCCUGUGGCAGGUGUGAAAAGGGACUUUGCCCUGGAUGGAGCCCCCGAAGCGUUCCAGGGGGACAUGGUGAUUAACGAUAUAUACGAGAGCUGCUCCGUCUUGAAGGCCGCCGGCCCGAGGUCCUCACACUCGUACAGGCUGCGACACAGACCAGUGCCAGAGGUCCCAGAAUGCACCGUCAUACCGUUGUAUGACUGGAGCACGUGUGCCUGCACAGAGCAGCAGAGCAGUGCCGAGGCUCCCUGCGGCCCCACCAGCCUUCAGAAAGCUCCUUCAUCUUCCAGUGCUCCCUAUGAAGAAGUCUACCUCUACAGCAGCAACAGUGUGCAGAGUAAACCUGACAUGGGAGCAAAAGAACUGUUGAAGCAGGAAGCCAGUGAAAAGCAGAGGCAAAAGAAGCAGAGGAAGCAGAAGGGCAAACGGGGGAUGGAGAGACCAGGUUUCUCUAGUCAUCGCACCACCAGCCUUCUUGAGGAUGGCUACUCGCUGAUUCAGCCGUGCUUGCCUGGUCAGGAGCCAGCCAGCGACAGUUCCUCGAAAACAGACACAACCCUUAAGCCCCUCCCACCCACUGUGACAUCAUCGCUAGGAGCUUGGCCACACGAGGAUGAGAGUGACAUCUAUAGCGAGCCGUUGGACACCGUCUCGGGACACACUCUUCUUCUCCAGGGUGACAUGGACAUCUCGCCGUAUGCCUGCUAUUAUGGUGGCCCCAAAAGUUCAGUUAAAAUAGGCUGGCUGGACAAGCUGUCUCCUCAAGGAAACUGUGUCUUUCAGAGAAGAUGGGUUAAGUUUGAUGGAGAGAACCUGAUGUACUACAACAGCGACAAAGACAUGUACUCUAAAGGACUGGUUCCCCUCUCGGCGAUCAAGCAGGUCCGAUCUGUGGGAGAAAACAAGAUGGAGGUGGUCACUUCUUUGAGAACAUUUGUGUUUCGAGCAGAGAAAGAAGGAGAGCGCCAGGAUUGGCUGAGGGUUCUGCAGGAGGCUCUGAAGUGCCGCUCGCCCGUCCCCCACAAGCCCUGGCAGGUGAGCGGCGGCAGGAGUGGCUACGUGGAGCUCCGCGGUCACAAAGGCAGAGUGUACCUGAGCCUCACGGGAACCGACGUCCGACUCUGUAAAAGCGAGCAGGACUUUAACAGUGGGCUGGCCAUUGCUGUGGUGACUCUGGCUGCUUCCUGUGUCAAACAGGUGGACCGCAGAGCAUUCGAGAUCAACACCCCUUUCAAAUCUUUCUGUUUCACAGCUGAGUCGGAGCAAGAGCGGGAAGAGUGGGUCAAGGCUGUGCAGGAAUCGAUCGCCGAGACUCUGUCCAAUUACGAGGUGGCCGAGAAGGUUUGGUUCAACCAGUCGAACAGGAAGUGUGCAGACUGUCGUGCGCCCCGCCCUGAGUGGGCCUCUAUCAACCUUGUAGUGGUCAUCUGUAAACUGUGUGCAGGUCAACACAGAUUUCUGGGCCCUGGCAUAUCUCAGGUCCGCAGCCUAAAACUGGACAUCAGCAUUUGGUCCAAUGAACUGGUGGAGCUGUUUCUGGAAGUUGGAAAUGACAAUGCCAACAGCUUCUGGGCCGCCAAUCUUCCACUGGAGGAGGAGCUUCACAUGGGGGCGUCACCCGAACAGCGAGCCACUUUUCACCGUCGGAAGUACAGAGAGAGGAAGUACAGAAGAUUUCUGGAGGGAUUCACCAAUCAGGAGGAGCUCAAUCAGGCCCUCUGCUCAGCCGUCCUCCAGUCCGAUGUGUUGGAGACCAUGGCUUUGGUGUUUAGUGGGGCGGAUGUGAUGUGUGCUACAGGAGACCCUGACCACUCCACCCCUUACCUACUGGCUCAGAAAGGUGGACAGAGGCUUCAGAUGGAGUUCCUCUAUCAUAACCAGCUCUCAGAAUUUGCAAAGCUAGAGAUGAUGGGUGACACUAGUUUUCCAGUGGAAGUUUCCUCUUUCAUGGAUGGAUUUCUCUACUCUCCAGCCAAUUUGCUCAAGACCACAGCCACCCUGGACAGAAAAGGAAUAGACUACAUGAUUCGGCGAUGGUGUACGCUGGAGGGCGGGUACCUCAGUUACUAUGACAGCGAGAAGAGUGCUGCAGCGAUUGGGAGGGUAGACAUCAAUGAGGUGGUAAGCCUCGCCAUCAACAAUAUAGAGACCAUGACUGCAGCAGGGGCAGUGUUCACCUUUGAGAUCUACCUGGAGUCUGAAAAGUUGCUUGUGUUUGGAGCAGAGACAUCAGACACACAGAAAGACUGGGCCCACGCCAUUGCCAAGUGUUUUGUGCCUAUGAGGGUGGAGUCUUUGAUGAAGAAGGACUAUGAACGUAUUGGUUGUUUGUACUAUAAGGAAGGUCACGACCUUUACCGCUGGAGAAUAGGAUGGUUCUCUCUGGUUGGUUCCGAGCUGUUCUUUUGUUCUGAUGACGAACCCAUGUCUAAGGGGAUACUACAGCUUAAACGUCUACAGGAACUUACUGUCUCCACUCAUUCGGAAGGAGAGGAGAAGACCCAGGUCCUGCUCAUGGUUGAGAGUGGCAGAACCAUCUACAUGCAUGGCAUCAAUAAACAAGACUUUGCAUUGUGGUACUCUGCUAUCCAAUUGGCUGCUGGAAGGGACGGCAGGGCGCUUAGCAACCAGCAGCUGACUAAAAAUGACGUGCCUAUCAUAAUCGAUAGCUGCAUGGCUUUUGUCACACAAUAUGGCUUGUGUCAUCAGGACAUAUAUCAGAGGAAUGGUGACCCCAAGCGUGUGGCAGAGCUGCUGGAGGAGUUCAGCCAAGACGCUCGAAACGUCAAGCUCCGUGCUCAGGACCAUCGGCUAGAGGACGUCACCGACACACUUAAGAGAUUCCUGUCCCAGUGCGAGGACGCCCUUCUGGCGAAAGAGCUCUACCCUUACUGGAUCUCUGCCCUCGAUGAAGUGAAUGAAGAGGGCAGGAUUGAGAAGUACAGCACCUAUAUUCAGAGUUUACCCAAGGUUAAUAGAUCAACUCUGGCUGCAUUACUGCAGCACCUGUACAGGAUCCAGAGCUGUUCUCACAUUAACCAGAUGAAGAGCGCCAGCCUGGCAUGUGUGUUCUCGUCCUGCCUCUUCCAGACGGGUGGACAUGCUGUUCAGGAGACGCGGGUGGUGGAAGACCUCAUCAACAACUACGUCCAGCUCUUCUCCGUCAAUGAGGAGCAAGUCAGGCAAAUGGAAAGAGAGAACAGCUUUAUCACCAGGUGGAAGGACACCACGUUCUCUCCAGCUGGUGACUUGAUCUUUGAGGUUUAUUUGGAAAAGAAGGAGCCGGGAAACUGCUGUUUAAUCAAGGUUUCUCCCACCAUGCAUUCUGAUGAGCUGGCUGAUAACACUCUGCAGAUGAAGGGCAUAGACACAGGCCUCCAGGAUCUGUGGACCACGUUCGAGGUGAUCGAGAAUGGAGAACUUGAGCGUCCCUUACACUACAGAGAAAGGGUUCUGGAGCAGGUUUUGGAGUGGUGCACUCUGGAGGAUCCCACCUCAGCUUUUCUGCUUAUCAAAAAAUUCCCUGUGUUGCCCACGUCCUCCACUCCAGAAGACCUAAAGGAUUACACUAAAGGAGAGCAGCUCAGGUUUAAUGAUGGUUCCUCCAAACUGCUUUCGGGUCACAAGUUUCAGGACAGAUAUCUACUCCUGCGGGACAAGAAACUGCUGCUGCAUAAAGAUUCCAAAAGUACGAAGCCAGAGAGAGAGGUUCCCGUGGAGUCUGUGAAAUGCUACCUAGGAUUGAGAAAAAAACUGAAACCACCAAGCAAUUGGGGCUUUACCAUUCACACUCAGAAGCAGCAGUGGUAUUUCUGCUGUGAGGGAAAAGAUUCUCAGCUGGAAUGGGUUACAGCCAUUAUCAAAAUCAAGUAUGGAGAAGACUUAUGGAUUUCAGGAAGGAAGGGGAUAAGCAGGCCUUCAGUUCCCUGGAGCAGCAGGGAGCACCAUCCUCCUCACUGGCACGCAGACAGCAUGACUGCAAAAGGCAGUAAGGAGGACAACAGCAUGGCGGGCACGAAUGUCCCUGCUGAGAGAGCGCGGGCAAAGAAUUCGGACGAGGCCGAUUCUAAAUAUAACACGGCCAUGCUGGAAGGCUGCUUAAUGCCUACAGACCAAACAGGGAACACCAGGACUGGAGCUGGCGAAAGAAACUGUCCCCUCCCCUCAGACAAAGGGGUUGUGAAAGGGCCACGCCACCCAGUCCUGGGUGAUCAUGGCAGACCCCCACACAAGGGGGCCAUGUAUGGGUGUGCUGUGGGGCACAUGCAACAGAGUCUCCUGAAGGAGUUGAGCACUGUCCUUAGCCAGACCAGGCGCGUUCCCCGGGAAGAAAGCUGAGAGCUCACCAAAGGGGGCAGGCCGGCGGGGGUUGAUGCAUCACAGCUGUAAAUAGGAAAUAUUUAUAGCUUAUAUAUGGUCCAAGUAUUUCAUUUUUUUUUUUUUUUUUUUACCUUAUAGCAAAUACU